AUGAUAUUGAGAAGUUCACGGACGCCAUAUUGCCGUCAUUACUUUAUGCGAAUGUAUACAAAAGACGGUGCGACGUCUAAAGCGCCAUCCAAGUUAGUAAUGAUAUUACUGUGUACUGCCACCUAUUUGUCCCGCUCCAGAGUGUUUCCAAAAGUAUUUGAGCACAUUUAUCCUGCAAUCUUCGCUGUUGAUGAGCCUCAUAGACUAACACAAACCUUAUCCUGUUUAUAUAACUUGAAUGUGUUUGUGAUUUCCCUAAAUUUCUUCAAGCAUGAACAAUGCAAAUCGGAAACGGACCCUAUGGAGCAAAGACCUGUUAAUAUUCGGAAAUGGAGAGGU